CAGAUAGAGCCCGCGAAUGAGGUAGAACGGGAAUUCCCCGUUUGAAGUAAUGGAGGAAUUCGUAGACGCAGAAACGAAGAUAACAAAAGUGGCGAAGAUCAAUGUGCAUCAUUUCAAAUCAAUGGCAACACCUUCUUUUCUGUUACUGAAGUUCUCUAAUUAAAGAACUGAUUUCAUUCAUUGAACAAAAUGGGAGAAACUAGCGGGGACAACUUAGAACAUACAUCUGGCGUAUUCUGCAGGCUGAGACAUGGUGACUCUUUCAAUGAGUAUGGAACAUCCGGCAUGGAAAAGGAUGAAAGAAUAGUUACUGAUGAAAAAGAAGAAGCUGCUCCUUCCUCCAGAAUAGCAUCAUGUUUGAAAAUAAUCAUCUCACUGCGAAUCGAACCCGUCAUGUUUCUGUUUAUGUUUUCGUAUAUCCUUAACACCACCUGUUUAACGAAUAUGAUCAUGAACAAAGGAUGUCUUUUCUAUUUCAAUUACUCUAAAGAAAUAUGUGAUAACGUGACUGCUUAUCGGAAUGAAAGUGAUAAUGUAGAAAUACUUGCCAAUAACUAUAAUCUCUAUAUCAAUUUGUUAGCUCCCAUCGGUGCCUUUGUGGUAAUUUUCCUCGCCCCCUGGAGUGACAAGUAUGGUCGCAAACCUUUACUUUUGCUGGCGUUGUUUGGAUUCUUCAUCUAUGAUCUUGGUAUCAUCUUGUGCACUGUCUACUAUGAAUCAGAACUGUAUUUCAUAAUUUUGUCUAGUCUGGUGACCCAGAUCACAGGGGGAUUCAUCUGUGUAAUGACCGUUAUUUACAGCUAUAUUUCCGACAGCUCUACGCCUGAAUCCAGAUCUUUGAGGUAUACUUUUCUUCAAAUAGCGUUUGGACUUGCAGUUACGCUAGGAGCUUUGGCAGGUGGUCAACUGUACUAUUAUUGGGGCUACUUGACUGUUUACGAGACCAUGACUGCUGGUCAUUUACUAGCCAUUUUCUGGGUUGUGGUAUUCGUUCCUGAGACCAGAGGCUUGGAUGUCUCGAUCCCAUUCUCUAAGAAGCUGAAAGAGAUCUUCGCAUCCCAAAAUUUCACUGAUGGAUUGAGAACUUGCCUGAAACAUCGUGAUGAUCAAGGAAGGCUGCAGCUCUGGCUGCUGCUGCUUUCUAGUUGCACCAUAGCAUUGACUUAUGAAGUAUAUACCAACAUUGCGUACGUGUAUACUCACCAUAUGUACAAGUGGGACCCGAAAGCCUAUUCUGAAAUGUGGACUAUCUUCAGCUUCUCAGAGAUGAUGGUAGUCCUGGUCGUGACGCCGUUGCUCGUCAAGGUCUUCAAGCUGAGCGACCCCACCAUUGGAAUCAUCGGCAGUGUGUCCAUCAUCAGCAAAAACGUCUUUCUCGCCUUUGCUUACGACCAUGUGCUCUAUUAUUUCAGUAACAUAACUGGGUUCUUAAAUGGUUUGGGUAAUCUCGCCGUGAGGUCCUUGAUUUCAAAACUUGUUGCUGAAGAUGAAUUAGGCCGCGUUUUCUCUUUCCUGGCGACUUGUGAAGCCAUUGUCCCUUUGUUGGCUGCAGCAAUAAUCGCCAAGAUUUUCAACGCCACUAUCAAAGUGUUCCCCGGAGCAUGCUACCUCGCUGCAACUGCCUUCCUCAUGCUGCCUCUCAUGACAUUUGUGUGGCAGUUUAGACGUUUUCGACGCCAAAGCCAUCAGCUACUUAAUCCCAAAUUAAUCCAAGGAUCGCAUGAUAUAUGAUAGUGUUUUUUCAAUAUCCUUUUGUAAUUCAUUGCAAAAGCAAUGCUUUUUAUUUCUGUUAUUUAACGUUCCCAUUUUUCAUUAAUCAUUUUUUAAGUGGAAAAGCGUUUAACUCCUUCCUAUUUUAAAGAAAUAAACCCUUUUCUAAAAUUU